AUGAAACUUCAACUCUUGGCUCUCCUUUCGCUCGUAGCUAGCAUUUAUGCCUUCCCUUCAUUGGAAGGCAACGUUUAUGAGUUAGGUCAGCCGAUCCAGAAAAAUGAUGCGGAAGACAGAGUCAGAGAAGGAUUUGCGAAAUUUAUUGAAAAAAUUCAAAAUGAGGGUUAUGAUCCAUUAGAAAUAGACAGGAGAGAAAUUGAUAUGAACAUUGCGAUUGUAGGACUUAUAUUCGAGGCUUUCAUUGAGAAUGUGCGAAUUUCUGGACUCAGUGACAUUCGCAUCAGCAGCUUGGAAUACAGUUACCUCUUCAACAGAUUGCGUAUUGAUGUGUAUAUUCCCCAAAUUGAGGCCGACAUCAACGCUGUGAUUAAUGGAAACGAUGGUUCUGAAUACAUGAACAAUCUGUUAAGAGAUGAUCUCGACAAAAUCUUCGAAUUAAUCGUUGAACAUAUUCUGUGGGUCAUCUGGAACGCUUAA